AUGGCUGGCCCAGGAUUCUGUCUCAGCCAAACCAGGACAUGUACUUUGAGGGCAAUUCUUGACAAGCCUGAGAUGGCCAAGGUCCAAUACAUUUUGCUUGUGGGAGGCUUUGCAUCUAGCAUUGUCUUGAGAGAUGCAGUCAGGCCUUUAGCAAGGAGUAUCACAUGUCCUUGUCCAACAGAGGCCCAAGUGGCCAUUGCAAAAGGGGCUGUUUUGUUUGGAGUCAAUCCACACUUUGUUGCCUCAAGAGUCAGCACUCAGACAUACAGCAUAGCAUUAGGUCAUAAAUUUGAUGCUGCUAUCCACAACUUCUGUAAACUAAGGGUCUCAAAAGCUGACGGCUGUAUUUAUUGCACAGAUCUCUUCAAGAAAUCGGUGGGAAUUGAGGAGUCAGUGAAUAUAAAUGAAGUUGCUCACAGUAAUUUCCAUCCAACAGAACCAAAUCAAACAAAUCCAUGCUUUUCUUUCUAUUGUACAGAAAAGCAGAAUGCUCAGUAUGUAGAUGAGGAAGGGAUGGAACAGUUUUGGUUCUGUACAGUGCCAAUGCCAGACACAAAGCUGGGGAAGAAACACCAACUGAAGAUAGAUGUUAAAUUUGGGAUCACUGAAUCUAAACCACAAAGUUGGGCUGUUAUAAUAGAUUUUCUAGCUGUGUAA